UGCUGGUUUGGUGGAUCUAUACUAACUCGUAAUCAUUGGUUUUACGCAAAUGUAGAUUAUAUUUGCGGUUUGUUAGGUGAGAUGAGGAUCAUAGACUGCUGAAUUAAUAUCUCCAAAUGAUAAUUUGCAGCUGAACACUCUACAAGAAGAAAUAGUUAUAACAAUCAAUUGAUACUGGUUGAAUAUCAGAGGGUCUUGGGGAAACUAUUUUGAAGUUCCUUCAUACACAAUGGUAUUAAGAGCUUUCGUACUUUCUUGUUUAAGUUGAAGAACGUACUGCACAUCAAUGAAACAGAGUUGAUGUAGUAUGAUGAAGUUACAUAUUGCUUUCCAGCUAAAAGAAAUUGUUUUAAUCUGAUGUCCAAAUAAAUGGGUGAAUUCUUGGAUAAGGGCAGUUUCGCCCUUUUCAGUUAUUUAGAUUAAACUAUUGCAUUUGUACGCUCUGCAACAAGGAAUGUUUCUUAAACCAAACGUCUUGCAUACAGGCCAGGCAGAAUCAAAUGAGAUGGCUCCAAGAAAUGGGAUGGCAGGAAUGGAUAUGGACCGUCCUCGGAUACAGUUGAUGGAUCCGAAUAGAGAGUUCAGAGGACCGAGCUUUUUUCGAAAUGAAAUGCAACAGCAGCAACAGAGAGUACAACAGCAGCAGUUACAACAACAAGUUUCUCCAUACCAAAAACCACAUCAAGAGCUACAACCACGACAACAAAUUCCUUCCUUCCAGAAACCACAACAGCAGCAGAUUCCAACUUUCCAGAAACCACAACAGCACAUUCAACAACCAAUAUCCCCAUUUCAAAAACCACAGCAGCAGCAACAACCACAACAACAACAACAACAACAAAUUUCUUCUUACCAAAAAGCGCAACAGCAACAAAUUCAGCAGCAGCAGCACCAGAAAGCACAACAACAACAAGAAAUUCAUCAACAGCAGGAUCAGUUGCAACAACAAAUACAGCAGCAGAUAGAACAGCAACAAAUUCAACAACAAAAGCAGCAGUUUCAACAGUUGCAACCGCAAGACCUUCAGCUCCAGUCAUCAUUCAAGCAGAAACCUAAAUUGAUUGAUCUCCAGCUCCACGGUACGAAGCCUCGAGCUGCUCGCACUGAAACUGCCGACUGGUCCCCUGUCACGGAUCUCUCGCCAAUCCUGGAUGUGUCCCCCACACUUGAACGUGCAGAACAAGAGUUGAUGCAGCGUUUCCAGGCUUACUUCCUGUUGCAGGAGGGUGGGACCUUGGAUCCAGUCCAUUCCAUUCAGCAGCCGCAACAGCAAACACAGCAGCUGCCUCCAUCGUCAUCAUCAUCAGCAGCAGCAGCAGCAACAGGACCUGGGGCCAGGCCAUCUACUGGCACAAUUAGUGGGAUGUUGGCUGACUUUAGCAAGGCCCUUGGCUUGGGUACUACAUCUCCACUUCCUUCCCCAUCAGAAGAUAAACCAGGCCUUGAAGAACAGCUGCAGCAAGGAUCACGGUUCCAAGAGAACACAAACCAACAUCAACAGCAGCAGCUUCAACAUCAACAGCAGCAGCUUCAGCAACAUCAACAGCAGCAGAUUCAGCAACAUCAACAGCAGCAGCUUCAACAUCAACAACAGCAGUUUCAGCAACAUCAACAGCAGCAGUUUCAACAUCAACAACAACCAUCUAACUUACAUCAGUAUCAGCAGCAAACACAGCAAAUAUUACAACCUCACCAACAGUCAGUUCUGCAGGAUAGUGGCCACUUGGAGCCAGCGUGUUCUGUUCAGCAGCAGACAUCAGCUACAGGAAAUGCGGCCAAGCCAGCCACUGGCACGAUCAGCGGCAUGUUGGCUGAUUUCAGCAAAGCUCUUGGUCUGGGUGGCACAUCUCCACGCCCCUCUCCUUCAGACGAGAAACCGAGCAUGGAGCAGCACCUGCAGCAAGGCCAGUUGUUCCAAGAGCAUCCCCAGCAGAGUGCACAGCAUUUCCAGCAACAGCUGCAUCUUCAGCAGCAGGCACAACUCCAUCAUCAUCAGCAGCAGCAGUUUCUGCAGCAACAACAACAGGCUGGUAUCCAGGGAACUGUGCUGGGUAUCCUUUCUGGACAGCAGUCACUGUUCACGCAGCACCUGACCCCCCAGCAGCAACAGAUGUACCAGCAACACAUGCAACUACAGCAUCAGGCACAGCAUCUCAGGAAGAUCCGCCGCUCUCUGCCUCACUCUGCUUCUGACCAAGCUCAGCAGAUCCGCCAGCAGAUGAAAGAUGGUGGUGUUGGCCAGUCAUUAAUGACCAAUCAGGGAUUGCCUCACCAUCUGAUAAACAGCCAGACUGUGUCGCCACACCUGGUGAACAGUCCAGCUGUCUCCCAGCACUUGAUGGGUGGCCAGUCACAGCACCUUAUGAGCAGUCAGCCUGCUGUCUCGCACAUGGUGUCUCACCAUGCACUUGGGGGACAUCUCGUUACCAGUCAGCCCGUAAUGAGCAGUGGUAACAUAGUUUCAACAGGUCUCCAGCAAGUUCCAUGCAGCACUCCUCUCGGGACUCCACAAGGCACACCUGUGGGGACUCCGCGUGGAUCACGUGACACUGGAGGAGAUUCUUCGGAUACCCUUAGUGAAACGGACUCGCAGAAAUCAUUACGGAUGCGCAGAAAGUUACCUUCGAUUCCAUCACAUCAAGAAGCCAUUUCUCUUCCUUCCAGUAAGAGAAGGUCAUACUCACCAUUACGUCAGACAUCAUUGGAUGGGAUGUUACCUCGAACUUCGAACCUAAUGCUGCCACGACCAAGUGCUAGUGAGACAAACCUUCGCAAGAUUUCUCUUGGUGUUGACCCUGUGCCUCGACCAGGCUCUGCUCUUGGGCUUCUUCAAGGAUCAAGUGUGGUAAGCAGUUCAGGAGCGCGAACUACCAGCUCUGGGAUGACAUCCACCACAUCAGUGUACUCUACGCCACUGGCUGACUUGGCAUCCUGCCUUCCUCCUGAUCUGCGCCAUCUGUUGAAUACAUCUGGUGUACCAGACAGCAUUCCAUAUGGCAAGCAGCUUCCUACCUACAUGCGCAAUCUCAAAGAGCAGUUGCGAGAUGAAAUAAAGUCUGCUACGUCAGAUCGCCGUCGUUUACUUGGUUUUAUGGACAAAGAACGCGAGGCAAGGCAGCGCAGAGAGAGGGAUAAAUUUGAGGCUCUUCGGGAUCCUAUGAAGCGUUUGGAUGUGCAACGAAAACUGGCCUCUCCUGUGAUGGGGCGGUCGCGCAAGAUCCGAGGUCACCGAAGACAGCUCUCAGAUCCCAAAAUCCAUCUUCCUUUCUCACCGAUAAAGGAGGAUAGCAGCUUGGAAAGUGAUUAUGACAGGGGAUAUUUGGGAUAUCUUCAUCCAUCUCUGAAACCGCCAUACAAAGCCUAUGAAUAUGAAUCCAUUGAUGACAUGGGAUGGAGAGCAGAACUGGAUCCAUCUCAGUCAUACUUGGCAUCUUCAUAUGCUGCUGCUGGGGGCGCUCUCCGUGAGACUGCCAUCAACAGCGUCCUGGAUGAGGAUCGCUACCUUUCCAGCUCCAGGUACAAUCUGCGUAGGUCAAGCGACGGUCAAGCUGGAAUAGAUGCGCGAAGGCGCCAUGAUGCGCGUAAGAAUCGCAAACCUCGCUCCUGGAACCCCUCGCCAUAUGGGAGUGAUGAUGAUGAUGACCAGCUGACCCGAGAGGAAAAGAAAGCAAAGAUCAAGGCAGAGAUUGCCAGGCGUCGCCAGCAGAUAGAGGAGAAUGCUCGUCUGCAUGAAGAACUCCUCCGCUUAGCUAGACUGCGUGAGAGUGCAGAGUUGGGUUUCACACCUCACUCUGGACCAGAGUUUGGACGGGGUGGAGGGUAUGGGACAUCCAGUGUGCUCAAGUCAAUCGACGAGUUGCUGCUUUCAGGGCGGGGCGGGAGUCUUCAUUUUGACUACCGUGCCCAUUCUCCACGUCGUUCAGAGGAGGACCGCUCAAUGGACCGCAUAGCUUCCACAUUUCGCACCGACGACUACACAGCCGGGGUUUAUGAGCGCCUCUCCGACUUCUCCCCGCUGACCGACUUCACGCUCCACGCUAUGCCGCUGCUGCCUGACAUGCCCACUCGCUCACGCAAGCUGCUUGAGGAUCUAGGCAGUUCCCCAAUCAACGAGUCCAUACUCGCCCUACCCCAGAAAGGAAAAUCUCGGUACUCGGACAAGUUGCAGAAUAAGAAGAAACAACAGUCUUUCCCUGAAGACUAUGGUACAAUUGGGGGAAGCUCAAGGAAAUCCCAAAAAACUUGUAGUGGGGGUGAGGGAAGUGCCCCACCAAAGAAAGCGCAAGCAUCCGGUAUACAGCAUGCAGCGCCGAAAUACGACUUUCCUGUAAAACGCCUUCUUUUGACACGAGACCCCAAGGACAGAUCAGUUGGAGGCAAUGGUCUUGGCAUGAGAGUGAUUGGAGGGAAAGAAAUUCCAGGUACAGGAGGGCAGCUAGGAGCAUAUGUCACACGAAUCUACCCAGGAGGAGUAGUGGAGUCACUUGGAGAAAUCAAAGAAGGCGACCAAGUUCUGGAGUGGAAUGGAGUCCCUCUUAUAGGAAAGACAUUUGAAGAUGUGCAGAAGCUAGUUUCCCAAACAGAAGGCGAAGUUGAAAUAGUGGUAAAAAGUGUCAAAACAUCUGCACCACCAAAGCCCCCACGGCGCAGCAUCCAGUCUCUGGAGUCUCACAACAGUGGGAAUAACAGCAGUUCAUCAACAUAUGAUAAUUUGCAGGCUCUUAACUGUGUUGAAGAAACUGAAAGAAAGUUGUCAGAAUGCGAGAAAAGAACCAGCUCAUCAGCAGACCUGAAAGAACCCGGUGGCCGAAGUUCCCAAGCACCUUGUCAGCUGCCUAACAAAGGGGAAGUUCAACUGCAAGUAUGCUACGAUAAGAAGGCACGUAUACUUUACGUCAUAGUGAAGAGAGCAAGAAACUUACCGUUGUGUAACGGUACUCCUCCUGACCCUCUGAUUAAAGUGUAUCUUCUGCCAGGAAGAACUAUGGAGAACCAGCGACGGACACGUUAUUUCUCACAGACUUGCAAUCCUGAAUGGAAUACAACGAUGGUAUAUGAAAAUGUUCCACCAGAAGAACUGAAUACCUGUUACCUGGAAGUAACUGCCUGGAAUUAUGAUAUCUACCACCCAAAUCAUUCCCUUGGUGGCGUGUUACUGGAUCUUGCAGAUCCAGGCGUGGUGGAUGAGGAGGCGCGCUGGUAUCCCCUUCAAGACAAUCCAAUGCUGCAAGCCUCCCUCGGUGGCCAUGGCUCAGUCAAUGCAAAAGGGCGAGGCAGUAACAACCGUGUGCCCAUCUUUCCAACUGCCACCAUGUCAGCAAAUGCAUUCAGUUCCCACGGCUGUCAUGGGGCCAUCUGCUCCAUUUUAUAGCAUCUUGCCUCCUCACUUGUUUGCUGGCCUUUACAACUUUGUGUCACCAGUAAGUGUUGUCGCAUGUCACCCGUCAGACGUAUGUUUUCUGUGUCAUUUGUGGAUCAGUGUGUGUUUGAUGGAUCACCUGCUUUAACAUCCAUUUAAGGAGCACUGUCAGAUGUGCCGUGAUACUAAAAUGCCUGGUCACUAUAAUUACGUCUUCUUCCACUCACCUUUAGCAGUGAUAGGAACACUCACAGGCAUUUACUUUUGAUACUGACACUUUCACGUCACAUGGAAGACAGUGAUUGUAUCAUGACAUUGAAGAAAUUCGAUUUAUACUGUGUGUUAUGUGUUUUUGUGGCUGAAUUGCAGAUAUUUGUUUUACUGUAAACCACAAUUAAGUAGUCCUGAUUCCUCUGCCCUGUUUGAUGGAGAGUAUACUGCUUAAACAGUGGGCUAAAUGGUUCUGGACAGAAAAUACUGAAGGAUUCAGGAAUAUGGGACAAACACAAAACGAAUUUUCAGAAACGUUUCAUGUUGGUAAAGCAAAGAAUACUAGGAGCAAAAGAGGCAGUUUCAGGAAGAUAUUUAACAAUUUUAUCUCUUUUGACAACAUUAAGAUGAAAACAGAGUUUUAGGCAUAACCCAUAAAGUUUUCUUUCACAUUGCAUAUUUCCAGUCCUGCAAAUCUUUUGUUCUUAAUAUGUUAUUUAGGUAAUGUUAAUUUAUAAAUCAACUGUAAAAAUGAAAUUUAACUUCUGGACUAAUGUGGUGGACUCGUGCAGAUGGUUAUAUUGGUUAUAUGACUGAGUCGUUGUGAGGUUAAGUUGUUAUUGCAUGCAAAUAUAAAUAGGUUACAGAUUAUUAUUUUCUUUUUGGCAAAGAACUUCUUAAGUGUAGGCUUUGUGUAUAUUAAAUUUAUUGUACAUAACCUCAAUGUUUUACAAUGUCACCAUUCUCAAAUUUAUUAUUUUGUUGUUCAGACAUUUAGUUUAUUACUUGACCUGUUAGAUGAUUGCUAAGUAGACCUAUUUGGAACAUAUACUAAAGACAUAUUAAUGUUAAGUUGUAAGUUAAUGUUAGAAGAUUGAGAGACAAUCAUUACUACUCAAUAAAUACUGCUUUCAGUUUUAAAAUUUUCAGGUAAUCAAGGCAUAUUCCUUAUAAUAUCUACUAUGACCUUCAAAACUUCAUCAUAAAUCUGCAACUAGAAUAUAAGUCCUAAAGGAUGUAAACUAAAUACUUUAAUCAAACUGGUUGAAGGUUUUAGUUGUUUACAACUUGAGCAUCACAUCAUGCAUGGUAUAAAGUGUACGUUCAUUCAUGUCAUAUGAUUUUAUAUAUGCAUGUGUAUCGUUGUUUAGCCUGUUUUUUCACAACACAGUUUACAAAUCACUUAUGCAUUAGGGAGAUCACCAUAUUGAGAGGAAGGACACCUGGGGUAGGCAAUCUUUGGCCUGUGGGCUGAAUGUGACACAUGAAAAGACUUGCUCUGGUCAGCAAAGAGGUGAGACACUGGCAAACACUUCAAACUCCUCAUAUGUCUUAACAUUGGUAAGUUCUAGCCGCAUAUUUUCAUUACCCCCAACCCCGUUGGUGAUUGGAUUUCUUGUCAUGGACUCCGUACUCAAAGAUGUUUCUAUUUCUGCAUGGUAUUAUUAUACUUUCAUGCAGGAAAUUACAUGGCUGGCAUGUCUGCCAAACGGUUUUCUCAUCCAUUUCUUGAACCUAAUAUGUUCAUGCAUUUCAUUUAUUCUUUGGAAUGAUAAUGUAGAACCCUCUACUGGAGCCGCACAACAGAUACUUUCCAUUCUUCCACACUGUGGCCUGAUAUCCUUCCACAGGGACUGAAGCUGGAUCUGUCCCAGAUCAGUGCUCGUAUACCUGUACCACCCCACACAAAUGUUACAGUGAUAAUGACUGCAUGUUGGGUCAUAUGGUCUGUAAUUCUUGCACCACUGUGUAAAGUAGGGGUGCACAAACUCAAAUGCACUGAAUUAUUUUUAUAAAUCACUAGCAUAACAUUCCUGGGCCCUGGGUGAAGCUUAACUGUUUGAGCACCCCUGCCCUGUUCCAUGCACAUCUUGUCUUACUCAGCAUCAACCCUAAACAUACCAGAAGUGCUCACACAUUCAUAAUUCGGUAAUUUAAAUUGUAAAGACCUUUUCACUGACCUUCAAGUCACAGUCUUGUGAUAGAUUUUUCUACGCAUGUUUUGCAACUGAAGUUGCAAAAAUGAGUCUGUUAAUGUCACACUAUCUGAGUGGGGAAUCCCCACAGUACCUUGGUUACUGUGGGCACCUGACUAAUCCCCAGUCAGCCACACAACAGCGUGGGUUGAUAUUAUGUGCUGAUGUUGUCACCAUUGCCAUUCACAAAGGUUAAAUUCUGGUGACUGUGCCAGAAUUUUUGUUCUAAACUGAAAUUCCUUGAUUUGUUAGCAUUUAUGAUAUCUACUGUUAAAUUUGGGCCACAUGAAGGCAGAAGUUGGCCCCCUGAGCCUGAAGGCUGUCUCUGUCUGUGCAAAGAACCUUUAGCCUUGUCAUAAAUCCAUAUUUUAUGUCUGUGUUAAAUUUUCCUGUAGUUAUACGUAGUACCUGAUUUUGUAUUUUGAUUUCAGGAUUUCUUCAUCACAGAAGCCUGUAUUUAUGAACCUGCCUAUUAUUACUCCACCGCACACUUCUAUGCUGCAGGAGACACCUCUGAUGUUGAUUACCUUCGUAUUUGCAAACAUUUAUUUGGUUAAUACUUAUCAUUUAUAUGAAUAAGUCAUAGUAUAUUUUUGGAACCUGUUGUUAUGAACAUGUUUGAAUUUGUGUCCCCUUACAUUGUAUGCAUUACUGCAAGUCUAAAUCUUGUAACUAGGCCUCAGAAUGUUGCUUGUAGAUGUACAAGUAAGUUGUGCUGCUGCACGUCACAUAAAAUUGAAGCUUGGUUUAUGAAUUUUGAAGACGAAAACAAAUAUUGUCCCAGUUAACAAAAUGCUAAGUAAUUCAUAACUAAUAUUUUCUCAUCCAAGCACAAAAAGUUUAUUCUGAUAUGGAGAUCAUAUCUGGGGAAAAAAUUCUCAUUCUCCCCAAAUCAAGAUCCCACAUUUAAUUUUACAAGUCAUUUUUUUAUGCCUUUGAAUUUUUGCUGUGUCUCUCGUCUGUGAUAUGCAGCUUAUUUAUACAGCAGUAUUUAAGGCAUUUGUGGUUCAGAUGUUAUAUAAGCAUUGGUACCAUAUUUAUUCAAAUAUUAUUAAAUCAUAAUUGUAGGCUAGUUGUGAGUUCUGACUUUUACCAAAAAAAAAAUACACAUUCAAAUCAAAAAUUAUUAUUUGUUGUUGUAAGAAGUAUGAAUGUAAGUAUAAUGAAAAAUAUUGUAAAAAGUAACAGAAAACACAAUUUUAUAAAACUGAUUUCAUCAGGAUAUAUGGUCUCAGUCUAUAAUUAUGCAGCUAUCUCCAAUGCAGAGACAAAUUUUCAAUUUUCAUGAAGAAAAAGUGUAUCUUACAUUUGAAUAAAUAUGGUAUUUUAUAAAAUAAGAAUCUGCAGCAAAGUUUUAUUGUCUUGUUCACACAGUUGUUUGAUUUGGGGCUGCGCCUGUGUUGACAGACUUGUCAGUGGUGGGUAAAGUGAUGUGUUCUGUGGACACAGUUUCUGCUUAUUUCUGCCUUGAGCAUGGAAGAAACAAUGUGCUGGUUAGUGGGAUGCUCCAAAAUGAGAACUCAAGACACUUACAUGAACCUGACUUUAAGCUCUUGGGCUGCCCUGCAGUGCCAGAAGAUUACACUUGCCUCCAACUGAGAAAUAUACUGGUUUAGUCUGUUUUCAGUGUAGACGUGUCAAGUCCUUGGGAUUCUUACUUCAAUUAAUGAAAUACAAUUUGUUUCGUGCGUGAACAAUGGUUGACUCACCUUAACAGUGGAGAGUGAAUGUUUCUUCAAUUUUUCGAUUUAAUUCUGUCCAUCCAAGUUUCUGUAUGUAGUCACUUCUGAUGAUAUGAGAGCUGUAACAUCUUAAUAUUAUGUUCAUUCCUGUAUAUGAAUUUAUCUUCUAGUCUAAUGACCCUUCGGAUCGACAAAACUGUCGCCUAUAUCUGAGUGUCCAUCUAAACAACAUCAUGAUUCUCUUCAACUCUCCAAUAUUCAGAUGAAAGACUGCGAGGCAGACUUGAACCUGGUAUUGUCAAUGUUCUAAUGUUUCGUGAAUGUAGCGCGUAACAUGUUUAUUAUGAUGCACUGUAUAAAUGCAGUUUUGCCUGAUAUGUAACAUGAAUGAUGUCCCGUGCUGGAAUUGAUAUAAUUAUGUGUUUGAUAUGACUUUGAAGGUGAUGAUGUUAACAGUUCUACGGGGAGCUUUACUACACCCUUCCAGUUUAGUUCAUUAUCUGUUCCUCUUAUCGCUCUCCCCAGCUCAGGCACCCACCUUAAUACAGAUACUUCAAUACUGAGUUUUAAAAAUUCUUAUUCUUUGAGAUACUGAGUGGCAGUUUUUUGUUAUAGCAUUAUAUAAUUUUGGUGUCAACUGUAUCAAUGUCAGAAUAAUCUUUGUUAUGAACUGAUAAGUACAAUUAGAACUUUGAAUUUUAAAGUGCAAGUAUCAAGUCCCUUUGAUUUUAUAACUACAGAAGGCCUACAAGUGACUAUGGUAUUUAGAAGAUAGGUUAUGUAGAGCAGAUAGAUUGAGCUUACUGUUUAACCAAUUUUUAAUAAAAUCUAAUUUUGGCUUUUACAGAAUCAAGCCACAAACAUGUAUAAGAAGUACUUUUGUUGCUCUCAUCAUUUAGCAGCCUGUAGUGAAAAUUUCCAUUGCAUUCCAGUACAUUAAAUCUGCUGUUGAUUUGUUUACAGAUGGUGUAUAACAGUUCUGUUAUUAAGAUAAAUAAACUUGGUGGCUUGAACAUGCUUUAUGAGAGAGACUUAUGAACUGGACAAUGCAUACCUUGCAUGGAUUCAUGCGGUCACAUGCAGCAAAUCUGUUUUUGUUGUUUCUUACAGCCUACAUUACUGAAUGCCGUCUUAUAGCAUCACUGUUGAUUAACAUGUGGUGUGCCAUUUUGGAGAGCAGGUCGGCUGUCAUAAUUUUAUCGUAAAUACGAUUUAAUGAUGCACUGUUACAUAGUUAACUAGUAGCCUAUUCCAAAAUAAUAGGCAGGUGUCUCCUAACUAUUAUCCGAAAUUAACCGCUUGCCUCACUAACGUUCUGAAUUUUGAACCAAAAGAAAACAUAUUAUUUUAAAUAGUAGUCUUUGGUCAUUAAGUAAUGUGGGUGAAUAAUUUUAUUUAAAGCACUUUUUGAAAAUCCUCUUCAUUAUUAUCCAGUGUUACCUUGGGCUGUCCUUUGAUAAUUUGUGUAGUGUAAUCGAUCUGCAGUUUUCAUUCAUUACAGAGCUUGUAUUUCAGCAAAUCUGAGUGUAAUUUUCUUACUUCUGAUGUAGAGUAUCACUGUCAGACUCAUCAACAGAAAUGUCUUCCACUUCGCCAUCAUAACUGUCAGAGUUACUUUCGUGUUGCAUAAUCACAAAAUAAUAUACGAGUGUCACAUCUGUGAUUGCAACUACCUGUACUUGCAGAAACCUGCCAAAUGAAGGUACAAUGUAUACGCAUUUCAAGGAAUAAAGACAAAGUAUUGUAAAAUAAA